AUGGGCAGAAUCAUUUUCUACGAGGACAAGAACUUCCAGGGUCGCUCCUAUGAGACCAGCAGCGACUGCGCUGAGCUGACCUCCUACCUGAGCCGCUGCAACUCCUGCAGGGUGGAGAGCGGCUGCUUCAUGGUCUACGAACGUCCAAACUUCAUGGGCCACCAGAUGCUGGCCAGGAGGGGAGAGUACCCCGACAACCAGCGCCUGAUGGGAAUGACCAUGAGCGACUGCAUCCGUUCCUGCCGCAUGAUCCCCAUGCACAGAGGUCCAUUCAGGAUGAGGAUCUACGAGAGGGAGAACUUCAGCGGUCAGAUGAACGAGGUGAUGGACGACUGCGACAACAUCCAGGACCGCUACCGCAUGUCCGACUGCCAGUCCGCCCACGUGAUGGACGGCCACUGGCUGAUGUACGAGCAGCCCCACUACAGAGGCAGGAUGCUGUACCUGAGGCCCGGCGAGUACAGGAGCAUGAGAGACAUGGGAAUGGGUCCCAUGGACAUGAGGAUCGGCUCCAUGAGGCGUAUAAUGGACUCCUGCUAG